GCUUUUGCCAGCUGCUGACCGCCUCUAGGCACCAGUGACAGGUUGGGAAUGGUGGUUUCCCCUGUUGACAGCGGCACCCAAGUUGUGAGUAUCGCUCCCGAUACCCGGUUGUCGCCACCGUCAUGGCCAUUGAAUCAGCCGCUCCGGCGACUAGCGAAGAUCAUGUUGCCACCAACGCGUCGCCAGUGGUCGCGGGCGAGACCGAUCCUUCAACGUCGGCCACCGAACCUCUGAGCCGCCCCCGUGAGUCGGCAAACCACGGCCCGGCUGCCGGUCAGCCGGCCCCACCCCUAGAAUCCGCCGAGAAGCCCUCGCGCACGGCCGUAACUUUGGUCAUGGCGCCGCUCUGCCUAUCCGUCUUGCUGUCGGCUCUCGAUCUGACCAUCGUGACGCCGGCAAUACCCGCCAUCGUGGGCUCCUUCAAGUCUGUAGCCGGCUACAUCUGGGUUGGCAGCGCCUUUAUCCUGGCCUACACUGCCGUGACGCCCGUUUGGGGAUCACUGGCUGAUAUCUGGGGCCGGAAGCCCAUCAUGCUGAUCGCGCUGGCCAUCUUCCUGGCCGGCAGCUUGCUGUGCGCGCUGGCACCGCACAUGGACGCCUUGAUUGCGGGCCGUGCUGUCCAGGGGCUCGGUGCUUCGGGAAUGGGGAUGAUGGUGAAUAUCAUCAUCUGCGACACGUUCUCGCUCAGGGAUAGGGCAUUAUAUCUCGCUAUCACUUCGAUCGUUUGGGCAGUUGGAAGUGCUGUUGGCCCAGUGUUGGGCGGCGUCUUCACCACCCAGUUGAACUGGAGAUGGUGCUUUUGGAUUAACUUGCCGAUCGGCGCUGUUGUCUUCGUCGUCUUGUUCUUCUUCCUGGAUGUUCCCAAUCCCAACACUCCCAUCUUGUCAGGGCUUAAAGCUGUCGACUGGACUGGGAGCUUCCUCAUCAUUGGCUGUGCACUGAUGGUCCUCCUCGGCUUAGACUUUGGAGAUGUCACCUACCCCUGGUCGUCCGCGACGGUAAUCUGUCUGAUCGUGUUUGGUGCGGGAGUCAUUGGCAUUUUCGUCGUCAACGAGUGGAAAGUCGCCAAGAACCCCAUCAUCCCAGUACGGCUUUUCUCUUCCGUGUCCGCAGUUGCGGCCUAUGUAGUCUUUGCUUUCAACUCCUUCGUCUUCAUGGGGCUUGCUUAUUACUUGCCUCUCUACUCCCAGUCUGUCUUGGGCGCGGAUGCUCUAACCUCGGGUGUUCACCUCCUACCUCUCAUCGUUUCAUCGUCUCUCGCCGCCGCAUUCGCAGGAGUCUUCAUUCAGAAGACCGGGAGGUACCUUCCUGUCAUGUACGCGGCCCAGGUGUCAUUGACACUCGGUGUCGGGCUAUUUAUUGAUCUCAAGUUUGAGAAAGACCUGACCAAGUUGUUCAUAUUCGAGAUCCUUGUGGGUAUCGGCCUCGGUAUGAAUAUUGAAGGGCCUAUCCUCGCAGCACAAGCCGCCGCAACGGAGCUGGAUACCGCCGCCGUCAUCGCCACCAUGGGAUUUUGCCGGUCUAUCGCGACCGCCGUUUCCGUUGUUAUUGGUGGGGUUAUAUUUCAAAACGAGAUGAAUGCGGCGAACCCCCAUCUCGUCGACGAGCUUGGCCAGCACCUUGCCAGCCAGUUCAACGGCGACCAGGCCUUGGCCAACCUUGAUCUCAUUGGAACCCUUCCGGGGGACCAGCAGGUCAUUGUCAGAAAGACCUACUUUGAAUCCUUGAGAACGGUGUGGAUCAUGUACCUUGCGUUUGCGGGUGUAUCAUCGAUUCUAAACCUAUUCAUCCGCGGUCACCAUCUGGACCGCCAGAACAAGGCUGCCGUCCUUGGCAUCGAUAGGGGGCAGCUGGUCACAGAGGAGCCAGAUAGUCCGCAGAGACGGCCUGCCGUUGAACUAGCAGAGGUCCGGGAGGCGGGGAGAUCUCAGUCGUGAUGGUAGAACUUGGUAUACCUUUCGAUUACAUUGCGUCUAGUGCAUCGAUUUGUAUGUACACUUAGGGGUUGGCUCCUCCGCAAUGAUGGCAAUCCAUCUCCCAAAAAAAAGCUAACCACUAAUCCUCAAGAGGGCCAGUCUGCUACCCUUAAAGACGAGUCUUGAUUUUGCCCGUGCUCGCCUCCAACGCCGUGCUCGCCUCCAACGCCGACGUCGCUUGGGUUACGGUUUCGGUUUCGGCUUCGGCUUCGGCUUCCUCAGAGAGCACACCCUCGACCAAAAGCCGGAUGCUUUGAACCCAACUGCGAAUGUCUGAUCAGAUAGAGCAACUUUAAUGAAGACAAACACUGGGUAUCUUACACAUCUCGUAGUCCUGGCUCGUUUGGAUACAGUGUCGCGAGCAAGAUUUGGUUCCUCGUCAUGUAAAU